AUGGCUCGUCGUGUGGCCGUGGUCGGAGGGGGGGGUUCAGGUCUGGCCUGCAUCAAGUGCUGUCUGGAUGAGGGGCUACAGCCCGUCUGCUUCGAGAGCAGCGAUGACAUCGGGGGUCUGUGGAGGUUCAAGGAGAAUCCAGAGGCGGACAGAGCCAGCAUCUACCACUCUGUCAUCAUCAACACCUCCAAGGAGAUGAUGUGUUUCAGUGACUUUCCCAUCCCCGCACACUUCCCCAACUACAUGCACAACUCCCUCAUCAUGGACUACUUCAGGAUGUACGCCGAUCACUUCCAGCUCACCAAACACAUCCGCUUCAACACCAAAGUGCUGCAGGUGAAGCAGAGGUCAGAUUUCUCUCAGUCUGGUCAGUGGGACGUCGAGACGGAGAACAAGGAGGGUAAAAAAGAGAAACACAUUUUUGAUGCAGUGAUGAUCUGUAUUGGACACCAUUGUCAACCCAACCUGCCCCUACACAACCUCCCAGGCAUCGGCACCUUUAAAGGACAGUUCUUCCACAGCAGGGACUACAAGACUCCGGAGCAGUGGAGGGACAAAAAGGUGGUGGUGAUCGGGAUAGGAAACUCUGGAGGAGACAUCGCAGUGGAGCUCAGCAAAGUCACCAAACAGCUGUGUCUGAGCACACGGAGGGGGGCCUGGAUCCAGAACCGAGUGUCAGACGGAGGAUUUCCUCGUGACGUCUUCAACACCAGAGUGCUGAAGUUCCAGCGUCAGACCCUCCCGUUUGGAUUCAUCUGCAAUGCCGCAGAGAGACGCCUCAACCACAGAUUUGAUCACAGUCUGUACAACCUGAAGCCAAAGCACAGGCUGCUCAGCCAACAUCCCACAGUGAACGACGAGCUUCCAAACCGCAUCCUGUCAGGUACUGUUCAGGUGAAACCAAACGUGCGCAGGUUUCAGGGCUCCAGUGUGGAGUUUGAUGAUGGGAGUGUGGUGGAGGACGUGGACCUGGUGGUGUUUGCCACAGGUUACAGGUUCUCCUUCCCGUUCCUGGCCUCUCAGGUGCUCUCAGUGUCUGACAACAAAGCAUCUCUCUACAAGUACGUGUUUCCUCAUGAGCUGCAGCGCCACACACUGGCCAUCAUCGGCCUGGUGCAGCCACUGGGAGCCAUCAUGCCAAUCUCUGAGAUGCAGGCCAGGUGGGCCACUCGAGUCUUUAAAGGCUGCAUCAAACUCCCAUCAGAAGCCACCAUGAUGAAAGACAUCCAGUCUAAGACGGAGGCCAUGACUAAAAGGUAUGUGAGCAGUCAGAGACACACCAUCCAGGUGGACUACAUCAGCUACAUGGAUGAGAUCGCAGAGCAGGUGGGGGUCCGACCAAGCAUCCUGAUGCUGCUGCUGACCGACCCCAGGAUGGGACUCAAUGUGUUGCUGGGUCCCUGCACGCCAUACCAGUAUCGUCUCCAAGGCCCUGGAAAGUGGGCGGGGGCCCGUCAGGCCAUCCUCACCCAGUGGGAGAGAGUGGCUCAGCCCAUGCAGACCCGGCCCUGCCCAGCAGCUGAACCCCACAGGUCGUUUCUGGGGCCCCUGAUGGUGUCAGCCGCCGCUGUGGGGGUGGCCUUCUACAUCAACAGGAACAAGCUUCCAACUUUCCUCCAAGAUCCCACUGAGCUGCUGGAGAGGAUCAAAGUCUUCAUGCCUGCUCUGUGAACAUUUCAUACUUUUAUU